AAACUCUAACGCGGGAAUUUUAGAAUGUGCAAAAUCAGUAAGUUUCUAAAAAUGAAGCUUACUCAAUCAAUAUAUGUGGCAACCUUAUGCACAUCAUAUUACAUAAAGGGAAGCGGAUAGUAUGGGUUACAACAGAAUUGAGGUAGUGACUGUUGACAAUAGUUAAGGAUUACAAGAGCCGGGGACACGCAUUUAGCAUCAGUCGUCUGUAUAAUAUCGCCUGGACACUGUUUAUUUAACAGCGGAUGAGAAUUAAUUCAGGACAGUGAAAAGCCAUAAGCAUGAAAAGAAAUUAAAUAUGGAUGAUGAAUGGAGCAUCAAUCAGACACAACAGAGUCAGACAGGCACAUCUAAAUUUAUUGUCCUUGAUUCUCAAGAACAGGCUGACGAAAUACAGGAAAAUUGGCCUGCUCUACAACUUCCAAUGUUUCAGAUGGACUUGCAGUCCAAUAAUAACAUACAGCCAAGCAAGACUAGGCGGUUGGGUCUGAUUGGGGACCUCUCUGAAGAUGAACGAAAAUUAGAAAAUGCUGAGGUGUUAGUGCCAGAUAGUGAGUUUGAGGGGACAAACCUGCACAGACAGAGAAGUUCCAGCAAAGGGUAUAGGUUACCAAGUGAUGCAGAGGAAGUGAUCAGCGAGUCAGAGGACCAGGUUAACGAGACUGUCGUGGAAAGGCCCCCAAAAGGAGAUGCUAAAUCAACAACUGAAGAUGAUGAUGAUGAUGAAAACCAAGCUGGUGCAUCAGGUACCAAGCCAAUACAAAGUAGUAAUGGCAGCAGCUCAAGUUUCCACUCCAACAGCAGACAAGGUUUGGGGAGUUACCAACAGGCAGAGAUAUCUCACACCGGACAAGAGCCUAGUGUCCGAGGUCACCGGUUCAAGCUAUUCCAGGAGACUCUGUCACAGGACAUCUUUCAGGAAGACCAAGAUGACAAUAGAGAAUCAUCAACCCCAUCAGAGUUUAUUGGAAGUCUUCAACUGUCUAACCAGUCCAUGUUGGUCCCAGAGACAGUUGACGAGGAUGAAAAUGCAAUUCCGCCGUCACCAACCGCAUAUGGAAAUGUUCCAAUGAUAAUUCCAUCAUCGCCAACAGGUGACAAAACUACAGAUUCUGAUUUAGAAGACUCUGAUGAACUCAUUGUGUUCAAUCCUGCGGCAGAGAGUACGUUUGCUGAUAACCCUCCUGCCCGACUUUCUCAGAGUUUGGAGGGAAGUGGUUCAAACAGUAGUGGAAAGUCGGACGAACAGAACGUCACAGUAAAAAGAGUUUCACCAGUAGCUGUUUCAUUCAAGGAGGGGAGUGAGAAUGUACCCGACAAGGUUAAGACGCUGGUGACGGACGAUGUGGAAACCUGUGGCGAGUCACUACAUCUUCAUUACAGUGCUACAGAAUCUCACUCGAACCAGCAGAGAGAAGAGUCUGUAGAGGUUGUCCAGGUAGAGGAGAAGAAAGAGGACAGUGUCAUCAUCAUAAGUUUUGAUGAAGGCAACAACCAAGAAGAUGACCAGGUCACACAGAGAAGUUCAGUGGAAGAAGAAUUGGAAGGUGUCGGGUCACAGGAUUUGGUGCUACAUCUUACACCUUCGCAGUACUCCAAAAGUCAAGCCUCACUUAAGGGAGGUAACUCUUCAGAAACGCACCCAGGUCAAAAGUCAAUGUGCACACCAAGUCAGUAUCCUGAGCUACAAGAAAAAGUUGAUUUGGGAGAUAAUACUGAGAAAGACAAGGCAAACACGUCAAAUUCAGAUUCUGCUGGUUUCCAUUUGUCGCUGCCUAAGACCGGCACACUGCUUCAUCCUGUGGAAAUUUCUCCCGAUCUCACAAGACAGAAGCAGCUCUCAUCCCCGAUUGAAUCAUCACAUGACCCCACUUCGCCACCAGGACCCUCCAUUCAGGAUACAGCUUGUGAAGCAAGACCCAGUCCAGUGCGGGCUCCAUCACUCACCAUAGACAUGAUAGAUACACAGCCGUCCAUGUCAGACCCAAGCUUUACAUUACAGAGACCAGAUUUGAGAGAGGUCCCAUCAGAACAGACAGAGGAUAGUAGAUUUGAAGUGUUUCGACAGAAAAAGGGAAAUAGCAAAUUGACAAGGUCACCUUCAAAACGCCAGAUCAUCAAUGAUGAAAGUGAUGACGAAUGCUUGCCUGGGAAGAAGAGAAAUAGAGAGGAGGUCCUGUCGCCAAGAGCUGACAGGCAACAGAUGCCAAAGCUGAAAAAAACCCGGACACUGUCGAGUGAGGUGACAUCAACUGGUUACCAGGCCAGUAUAGAGGGUUUAGAGGUCAUGGAUACGACUACCAACAGUCCCACAGAACACAUGGAAGUACUAGAAGAUCCAGAGGAUGUUAUGAUGCAGGAAACGGAGAGUUACGAUGCCGGUCAAGCACUACAGACAAUGGACAUUGACCAACACAUGGUCAGGGAUUGGCAACAGGACACCAUGCCUGGCCCCUCAGGGGUCACGUUUCAAAGAGGAAAGUUUGGUCUCUCAGGGGUCAUAGGUCAAGGUGAAAUGUCUGACCCAUUAAGAGGCAAAGGUCAAUGUCAGGAAGGAUUGCCUGACUCCUCAGUAAGUCGAGGAGAACCAUCAAAUCUGUCAAAGGUCAACAUUAAAAGUCAUCCACAGAUUAAAACAGGAAGUGUUGAUAAUCAAAACUCUGGAGAUAGGCAACCAUUCCAGCAAAUGUCGGGAAACACUUUCCAGCAAAUGUCGGGAAACACUUGCAGACAGUUCACGGAGAGUGAAAGCAUUGCACAGAAGACUGGUGAAGUGCUUGUUGCUAGCGAAGAUAUAUCACACUUGGAGUUAGUGAAAGAAACAAUUAAGCAUGGACACAAACGGGGGAAGUCUAAAGCAAAGAAGAGUUCAAAGGGGAUUUUGAAAAAUCGGACAGAGCAUGACAGAGAAAUGACAGGUAUCUCAGAGAGACGGAGAGAGUCAAGUUCACAUGACCCUUACACUUUCCACGGGUCCCAGUCCCAAGCGAUUUCCCCGAAGAAGGCGGACACUGUUCAUUUGGCACCAGAGUCAAGAGAACUAAAAAAGACAGAAACACAUGAACAGCAACCUGUACCAGGAACAUCAAGGGUCGAGACCACCCCCACAUCAACAUGGAAAAAAUGGAGCCGAGCCAUUCAUAAAAAAUCUGGGGUCAAAAGAGGAGGUCCUUCUCAGCAUGUGUCAUUUGAUAAUUCUGUGAAAAAUAAAUCAACACCUCCAAAGUUGCGAACCCCGAGGCAGACUCCUAAAUCAUCUAAAACAAGUGCAUCAGUGUCAGCAGGUGAAGGACAAACAGUGACUGGGCAGCUUUACGUUAGAUCUCCGGCAAUUGAUCCAUCUACUACUGUUAUAACGCCUACCACAAUCCAAGCAGCAUCUGUAAUACCGUCCACGAUUGGCCAGUCUACCUCAAUGGCUCCUCCGAUGACCACACAGAGUGUACCUGCGAGAAGUGCUCCCAUUUGUCAGGACUUGGUAGUUGGUCCGUUGUCGAUGACGACGUCUGGCCACACGGCUCAACCCCAGCAGCAGGAAACAAUGGUCACUAAGACUGUGUACAGAAUGUGGUUGUCCGAGUGUAAGGAGAUCACACAGACCGUCCGCGGGCCUGAUGGACGUGUCCUUCGGUCAACCUUUAAGAAGUUUAUGGUAGCAGUUAUAGGUAGAAUGCUGUAUAUUCUGUCAUUGGCGAGUUUGUGUUGUACACAGGAAGAGGAUCCUCCGAAGCUGUUGAAGGAAGUGACGACUGAGACCUCAGAACUCCUCUCAGUGUCUGAUCUUUCUCCGUCACCGUCGCGUAGCAGCAGCACUAUGACCUCCGGUGACCUUGCUGAUGUAAGUUCCUCGUUGUCCCGUUCCAGUAGUGGCAGUCGAGGGUCGCGUCAAAACCUUGCCAGUCUGGAGGGGAUGGGCAUGUCCCAGGCCACGACAGACAAGACUGCUGAUAUGGACACUUACUUCACUCCGCCCGAGCCAGUCACUGCUCCAGUCAGACGAACAAGUACGGCAGAGAAGUCCAACCAAUCAAAACAAGAUGAAGGGACAAAUGUGGCGAGGAGAAGCUCCACCCAGCCCUCUUAUUACGAAACUUCUCCUCAUGUCGGCGAUUUAUCCACCAUCAACAAAACAGGAAGUGAUGUAAUGGAAUCAUCACAUUUGACGGAGGAGAAGAGGAAUUCGGAGUCACUCUUCACAAGUUCGACUGAAGAUUGUGAAAAACUUGCUGCAGAGGAAAAAGAAAGGAAGGAUGCAGAAGAGAAAGUGUCAGACAAGGUCAAGGACGUUGAAGAUAUAAGUGAAUCGUCAGAUGGAAUUCCUUGUGGGCAGACGACAGUCAGGACUACAGUGCAAUCCUCAGACGGUGUGGAGGGAAAGGAUGGUGUCAAGUUUACCAAGGAGACAGAAACAGCUAGCACUACCAGUACUAAUCCUAAGUCAUUGAAGAGAAGGAAGCGGUCAGACACCAGUGGCAGUAGGAGCUCCGAGAUCAGCCCACAGAUAUCUUACCAGGACCCCACCUUAGCCAGACCAGACAAGGACCUACCCUGUACUCCACCCACGAGGGGGAGCUCCAUCAAAAGUGAGACUGCUGUCGGUGCGAGAGUUUUGGCCAGAUGGAAAGACGGGUUCUACUACCCCGGCUCUAUAGCCCAGAUCCUCAAAUCCAAGUACCAGGUGCGAUUUGAUGACGGAGAUGUAAGGUUUGUUAAAGUGAGUGACCUCCUGCUGAUUGAGCGCCUACCUGUUGGUCAGUCCGUCUUCGUUCAGAGUAAGAGUGGAUUUUUUGAGCCCGGUAUCAUCACUGACCACAAGUCUCCGACUAAAACCAGUGGUCAACCGUGUCUCUAUGUUGUGGAACAGGACAACGGAAAGAAUGCCCAGUUCCGGUGUAGUCAGGUUAUCCUGAGUGAGGACCAAGCCCAAUGUCUUGUCAUUGACAUUGGGGCCAACAUCCACACCUCGCCCUCAGGUCCUCCUCCCACAACGCCGAAGCCAGCUGACGUCAGUCUAGAUAACCUGAUGGAUUCUAAGAGAAGAACAUCUAGUAGAUAUGAACAACAUACCAUUGCAAAGGAGAGCGUUCCCUCAUCAACCUCGAAAUCCAAAAUGGCUGCUCCAACUGCAUCUGCAUCCCAUGCGUCCUCUGUAAAACGGAAACGUGGUGGCAUGGUUACCUCCAAUCCGGUGGCCACUAGUACGCCGACCCCUGCUAAAGUGUCCACGAGCAGGCUAAAAACUGCAGUUGUAGGUUUGGAUGCCAGUCCUGUUGGUGCUGCAGUUAGUUCCCCAGUGACACCUAGACGAUCCCCCCGCAAAGCCAGGAUAGGUUUGUUUCACACGAACAGGGAUGUCCGGCCACGACGGAAGACAACAUUGUUCAGGGGGAUGGUGUUCUUGUUGACCCACGUGGACAAGAUGGCGGCACAAAAGGAGGAGGAAAAGAUGAUAUUAGAGGAUUCCUCACUCGACGUCUCAACUGAUGACAGUAGCCCACACGAUGAACCUGCCAUUCCGUUUGACAAGAAUGAGCUGAAGAUCCUGAUAGAAGACGGGGGAGGGAUAGUACUGGAUAAGUACAGUGAACCUGAGGUGUCAUCUGCUCGUCAGUGUAUAUUGCUGUCGGAUACCUACCAGAGGACAGUCAAGUAUUUCCAGUUUUUGGCGGCAGGACGUCUCUGUCUGUCCCAUGUGUGGGUCUAUGAUUGUUGUUCUGAGGACAAACUGAUGGAUUACAAGGCCUACUUGCUACAGUCAGGCAUCAGUCUGGAGAAAAGACGACUGAUUGAAUGGAAACCAACCUGUAACCUGCUAGUCAACAUGAGGAUCAUGGUGGAAUCAACGACAGACAGGUUCAGGGAAGAAUGGACAAACAUUAUCCAAAUAUCUGAAGGAAUAGUGGAAACGAAGAUAAAGACUCGUGAUCACCAAGUUAACGUCAUUGUGACAGACAGCACCUGCUCCAGCAGUGUCCUACGUCGUGCCAAACAGCUCGGCGUGCCGGUGGUGUCGACAGAGUGGAUGAUACAGAAUCUCAUUAACGGCCAGAUCAUGGCGUACGACGGACACCCCAGAUAUAGAUAUGACUACACUCACGAGUAGAAACUACGACAAAUCAGACAGCAGUGUAAAACAUAUCACUGGGGAAAUUUUCCUCUAGGUAUUAAUUUUGUAAUUUCACUUUCAGCACAUUAAUUUUAAGCACAAUUAGUAUCUGAGAAAUACUGGUAAGUGCGUAUUGCCAGUGGCUGACCGGUGAAAACAUUUAGUCGAUAUUGUAACAGCAAGGUCUUGGCCUAUUGAUUGUGAUCAGCAAAGUUUACACUGUGGUGCUGCAUGCAAGAUUUAUGCAUGUUGCCUGUAUUUUCCAAACAAAGGUGUCCACUGUUAGAAAUGAGUUUUAUACAUUGAGGAAAAUUACACUGGAAUUGAAAAUAAAACAGAAAAAAUCUACACACUCGGUACUAAAAAGGCUUUCAGUUAUAGUGCAUGUGUCCUAUAUUGACAAUGGUAUGUCAUGUCUCUCAUUCCUUUGAGCAAGGUCCUGCAUCAUUUUAAAAAGGAACUUUGUGCAGAAUUUAAAAUGUGCAAUAUCACUUUCAUACUCUGGUGGUUUUUAAGUAUUGACAGAUUUUAUAUCUAUGUAUUAUGUAAUGCUGUGCUUCUCUGAUUCAGUUAUCUGUACACAUUUCACUGGAUUUUAAUAUUACCAAAAUUUUAAAUGAAGUAGCAACAACUAGUUUUCACAAUUCAUGCAUUGUUUUACUAGAUGUCCAAUAAAUAUGAACAAACUUUUAUUUAAAUUGAAUGCAAAAAUAUUUUCUCUGUAACUGUUAAACCAAAAUCAGUCCAGCAGUCAUUUUCGUUCUACAUACCGGCUAUUAUUGUUGAUGUUAUGUUGCUAGUCGUAAACAGAGUUAUUUUCAAGUGAGAUUUUUUAUCUGAUUGAUUCAUUGGUGUUUUGUAGGAUAACUUAGCAAAGGUAAUAAAAUAGAAAAAGAACAUGGCAAUUUGGUGGUAUAUCUUAAUAACAACUUCAAAAAUUGAGAAUCCUAAUUUUAGAAAGUGAGAAAUACUGCAGACAUCUUUUUUUUUGGAUAAAAUAAAGCAAACAGAACGAAAGGAACCUAAUUUUAAGUGACACUAGUGAUAACAAUUAUGAUAUCAUACAAUUUUACCAAACUCCAAUGUUGAAAUGUCAAGGUUUUUUGGAUGAAAUGAAUUUUAAACUUUAUCGGUGGUGUUAUACAGUACAUACAUGUAUAAUGCUUUUAUGAUAUCAACUUUCAUCUGUCAUCAUACUUGAAUCAGUGUUAGAUGCAGCAAAAUAUAUUUGCAAUGAGAUUCAUGAUUUACCUACACAAUAUUUUCACAGGUUAUUAUUUGGUAUAAAACUUUGCCUUGAUGCUAAAUGCUCCCAUCUGCCUAGCUGUGUAAGUGGAUGGUUACACCCAAUCAAACACUAGAGGAGAAAUUUUGUUGUAUGUUAAUACUGUAAACAUAUUAAUACUCCUUUUGGAAUUCAGAAAACAUCAUCAAGUGGUUUUCUUUAAUACAUGAUUUCAUAUGCAUUUUUAUACGACUGUCAAAUUUGACGGUAGUAUUAUGGUAUGGUGUUGUCCGGCCGGCAGAAACUUUGUUUGUCCGGAAAUCUC